AUGGAGCAGGAGAUAGCGAUCCAUGAGGACAAACCAACACUGCAGGAUGACAAUUCAAACCAUCAAGACUUAGAACAGUGGCUUCAAGAACUGUUGGAAAGAUAUAGGAAGUCUCGUGCUCAGGCAGUUACGGAUGAGGGCCAUGUAAUCUGCCUGGUCAGGCAUGUGUGCUGUUGGGUGUAUAGGGAGAGAGAAUCUGCUGGUCUCCUGGUUGCAAAAGAUUCCCAAUUGUCUUCACCGUGCUUUCAACUGGGAAUGUCUGUCCAUUUUGGCAAGAACAAGACACUGGGUCUGGUGGAAGCAGUAUCACAUGACAUCCUUGAGCUGAUGGACUUGAAUGGGGGUGGUUCAACCAUUGUGUCCUGGCAAGAUGUUUGUAAGGACAUCCAGGUCAGCAACUAUGUUGAGAUCACUGGGCUUGUUACAGUAGGCAGUUGGGUCGACCACAUCAAGGGCAACAAUGUGAACAUUAUUCAACAAUUCUUUAGCACCCAUUGUAACUGUGCAGUGGUCACCACACCACCCCAUUCCAAGGCAACAGUGACCCCCUUUAGCAUUCAAGAGCAUCAAGUACCAGUUCCAUGGGUGGGCAUUGAGGUCACGAUAGAACAGCCACAUCAUCGAUUGUGUGGGUACCAUGGCACCAUCCGAGACAUGACACUGGUACCAGCUCGACAUGACAGGCCAGGUGUGCCAGGUUGGCAUCCGAUGCCCACUUACACAAGUGGCCUGUGCCUGCUGGUGGAACUCAAUCAUAUUUCUGGAGCAAACCUCUGGCAUGUGAAAUGGUUUGCAUAUGAGGAUCUUUGGGAGCGUCAGUUGCUCAAUGUUUUACAGGAUGGAAAGCUGUUGCUCAUCUUCCAGCCACUGCUCCAUCAUCAGGAUGCAUAUCGACCUCCACCAGGUUUCAUACAGAAGCAGCUGCGAUGGCCUGUAAUACAAGUGCCUGCACCUGAGCCCCAGGCAUGCUUGGCCACACCACUAGCAUCUCCUACCCAUGGACCCCUCUGGGCUUCAUACUGGUGGGAGCAUCCUGAUCUUCAUGACAAAGAGAUGUGUGUCUUCCUGCCUUCGCACAAAAAAGAGGUUGUGGUGAAGGCGAUGACACUUGGAGGCCAAGUUGCUUUGGCCAGAACCUUUUUUUCCAAGCCUGCUGCCAUGGACUAUACACAGGUUAAGAUCCGGCAUCCUCAUCAAUGUGAUUAUGAUCUGUGGCUAAUCAUCCAUGGAGAACAUGUUGUUCGAAUUGUCCAUGUCAAAUCUGGUGAAGUGAACACCCCCACUGACAUUACGAUUUGCCUGCCUGCAACACACCUGGUGUUGGUACCAGAGCAGCCAGAUGACAAGAAGCUAAAUGAUGACCUGAAGCGGACUUUGAGGAAACAGUUUGAGGAAUUGGCAGGAGAAUGGGAGUCGCAGCCUGAGGAAGUUGAAGAGUAUGACAUUGAAGAAGAGGGAAGGCCAGAUGUCCCUAAUGGAGAAGAAAUAGAGAACGAACCAUUUUGGAAAGCACCAGGCUGGGAGGAAAAGAUCAAGGAGGAUUAUAAGGGUGGACCUGAAGACCCAAGUGCUCCUGUGACAUUCUUGCUCCCUCCAGGAGAGUUCGCAGCCUGUCUGUAA